CCGGGGAGCAGGGGGCGAGGCGGAGCGCUGACGUCACCUCCCCUCCCCCAGCUCCUCCAAGAGGGAGGGAGGGAGCAAAAGAGGCAGCAAGCCGCCGCAGCUCCCGACCGCAACUCCCCAACUCGGCGGCUGGCUGCCUGGACAUGUCCUGAGAAACUUGGCUUGCCCUGGCCUUCUCCCUUAGCCCUCGCGCGCUCUCCGGCCGCCACCUUCUGGUGCUCAAGUUUCCCCCUGGUCGGAAGGAAGCUCUGGAGAUGCGGCCACCUGGGUCCCAGCAGUGAGAGCGGAUCGCACUCUGGUUGGGGAUAUGUUGAAGAUCGGAGGGAGGCAAAGUUGACACUUCAAACACGGUUCCUAACCUCGUGGGCUUUCCCGAACUGCCGGGAGGGCUGGAAAGCGGAGCACCGAGGAGUGGCUCCUGAGAUUUAAGCAAUGGGGAGACAUUUGGCCUUGCUUCUGCUUCUGCUCCUCCUCCUACAACAUUUUGGAGAUAGUGAUGGAAGCCAAAGACUUGAACAGACUCCGUCUAUCCAGUUUACACAUUUCCAGUACAAUGUCACUGUGCAUGAGAACUCUGCUGCCAAGACCUAUGUUGGGCAUCCUGUUAAGAUGGGUAUUUACAUUACAAAUCCAUUGUGGGAAUUAAGGUACAAAAUUGUCUCAGGAGACAAUGAAAACCUGUUCAAAGCUGAAGAGUACAUUCUCGGAGACUUUUGCUUUCUAAGAAUAAGGACCAAAGGAGGAAAUACAGCUAUUCUUAAUAGAGAAGUGAAAGACCAGUACACAUUGAUAGUCAAAGCAGUUGAGAAAAACACUAAUGCUGAGGCACGAACAAGGGUCAGAGUGCAAGUGCUGGAUAUAAAUGACUUGAGACCAUUAUUCUCACCCACCUCAUACAGUGUUUCCUUACCUGAAAACACACCGAUAAGGACCAGUAUUGCAAGAGUCAGUGCCACAGAUGCAGAUAUAGGAACUAAUGGAGAAUUUUACUACAGUUUUAAAGACCGAACAGACAUGUUUGCUAUUCACCCAACCAGUGGUGCAGUAGUUUUAACUGGUAGACUUGAUUACAUGGAGACCCAGCUCUAUGAAUUAGAAAUCCUUGCUGUGGACCGUGGAAUGAAACUGUAUGGUAGCAGUGGUAUCAGCAGCUUGGCAAAGCUAACAGUUCAUGUGGAACAGGCGAAUGAAUGUGCUCCUGUGAUAACAGCAGUGACAUUGUCACCGUCAGAACUGGACAGAGACCCAACAUAUGCAAUUGUGACCAUGGAUGACUGUGAUCAGGGUGCCAGUGGGGAAAUAGCUUCUCUAAGCAUCGUGGCAGGUGACCUUCUUCAACAGUUUAGAACAGUAAGAUCCUUUCCAGGGAGUAAAGAGUAUAAAGUCAAAGCCAUUAGUAGCAUUGACUGGGAUAGUCAUCCUUUUGGCUAUAAUCUGACACUACAGGCUAAAGAUAAAGGAACUCCUCCCCAGUUUUCUUCAGUAAAAGUAAUUCAUCUGACUUCUCCACAGUUCAGAGCUGGGCCAGUCAGGUUUGAAAAGGAUGUUUACAGAGCAGAAAUAAGUGAAUUUUCUCCUCCCGGUACACCUGUGGUCAUGGUAAAAGCCAUUCCCAGUUAUUCCCAUUUGAGGUAUGUUUUUAAAAGUACACCUGGAAAAGCUAAAUUUAGUUUAAAUCACAACACUGGUCUCAUUUCCAUUUUAGAACCAAUUAGAAGACAGCAGGCAUCUCAUUUUGAAUUUGAGGUAACAACGAGUGACCAAAAAGCCUCCACCAAAGUCUUGGUUAAAGUCUUAAGUGCAAAUAGCAAUCCCCCUGAAUUUACCCAGACAGCAUACAAAGCAUCCUUUGAUGAGAAUGCAUCCAUCGGUACUACUGUCUUGAGAGUGAGUGCUGUAGACCCUGAUGAUGGUGAGAAUGGUUAUGUGACUUACAGUAUUGCAAAUAUAAAUCCUGUGCCAUUUGUGAUUGACCAUUUCACUGGUGCUGUGAGCACUUCAGAAAACUUGGACUAUGAACUGAUGCCUCGUGUAUAUACUCUCAGGAUUAGAGCAUCAGACUGGGGCUUGCCAUACCGCCGGGAAGUUGAAGUCCUUGCAACAGUUACUCUGAAUAACUUAAAUGACAACACACCUUUGUUUGAGAAAAUAAAUUGUGAAGGAACAGUUCCCAGAGAUUUAAGUGUGGGGGAGCAAAUAACUACUGUUUCUGCUAUUGAUGCUGAUGAACUUCAGUUGGUAAGGUAUCAGAUCGAAACUGGAAAUGAACUAGAUUUGUUUGGGUUAAACCCCAACUCUGGAGUUUUGUCAUUAAAGCAGUCACUAAUGGAUGGCUUAGGUGCAAAGGUAUCUUUUCACAGUCUGAGAAUUACAGCUACAGAUGGAGAAAAUUUUGCCACACCAUUGUAUAUCAACAUAACUGUGGCUGCCAGUCGCAAGCCGGUAAACUUGCAAUGUGAAGAGACUGGUGUUGCCAAAAUGCUGGCAGAGAAACUUCUGCAGGCAAAUAAAUUACACAGUCAGGGGGAGGUUGAGGAUAUUUUCUUUGAUUCCCACUCUGUCAAUACUCAUGCCCCCCAGUUUAGGAAUACUCUUCCAACUGGUAUUGAGGUAAAGGAAAACCGACCCGUGGGUUCCAAUAUAAUUUUUAUGAACUCUACUGACCUUGACUCUGGCUUCAAUGGAAAACUCAUCUAUUCUAUUUCUGGAGGAAAUGAGGAUAGUUGCUUCAUUAUUGACAUGGACACAGGAAUGCUAAAAAUUUUAUCUCCACUUGACCGUGAAACAACAGACAAAUACACCCUGAAUAUUACUGUUUAUGACCUUGGUAUACCACAGAAGGCAGCUUGGCGUCUUUUAGAUAUCAUUAUUCUGGAUGCCAAUGAUAAUCCACCUGAAUUUUUACAGGAGAGCUAUUUUGUUGAAGUGAAUGAGGACAAAGAAAUAAACAGUGAAAUCAUCCAGGUUGAAGCCACUGAUAAAGAUCUAGGAUCCAAUGGACAUGUGACAUACUCUAUUCUGACAGAUACAGAUAAAUUUUUAAUUGACAGCACCACUGGAGUUGUUAAAAUUGUGCACCCUUUGGAUCGUGAAGUACAACAUGUGCAUUACUUAAAGAUUGAAGCCAGGGAUCAAGCCAAAGGAGAACCCCAGUUAUUUUCUACUGUACUUUUGAAAGUAUCACUAGAGGAUGUUAAUGACAACCCACCUAAAUUUAUUCCACCUAACUAUCGUGUGAAAGUUCGAGAAGAUCUGCCAGAAGGAACCAUAAUCGUGUGGUUAGAAGCCCAUGAUCCUGAUUUAGGUCAGUCUAGCCAAGUGAGAUACAGUCUUCUGGACCACGGAGAAGGAAUCUUUGAUGUGGAUAAACUCAGUGGAGCAGUUAGGAUUAUACAGCAGUUGGACUUUGAGAGGAAGCAAGUAUAUAAUCUCACAGUGAGGGCCAAAGACAAAGGGAAGCCAGUUUCUCUGUCUUCCACGUGUUAUGUGGAAGUUGAGGUGAUUGAUGUGAACGAGAACUUACACCCACCCGUGUUUUCCAGCUUUGUGGAAAAGGGUGUAGUGAAAGAAGAUGUUCCUAUUGGCUCAUCAAUAAUGACAGUGUCAGCUCAUGAUGAAGACACAGGAAGAGAUGGGGAGAUCCAAUAUUCCAUUAGAGAUGGUUCUGGUGUUGGUGUUUUCAAGAUAGAUGAAGAAACAGAUCGACAGUGGCUAAAGGAAUGCUGUGUGGGGAGCAUGGGAUGCCAGAUUGGAGGUGUCCUAGAAACUUCGGAUCUACUGGACCGUGAGUCGAUGUCCCAUUAUUGGCUAACAGUCUAUGCAGCUGAUCGGGCUGUCGUACCACUUUCAUCAUUUAUAGAGAUCUACAUAGAGAUUGAAGAUGUCAAUGACAAUGCACCACAGACUUCAGAGCCUGUUUAUUAUCCAGAAAUAAUGGAAAAUUCUCCUAAGGAUAUAUCUGUAGUCCAAAUUGAAGCAUUUGAUCCAGAUUCUAGCUCUAAUGACAAGUUGAUGUACAAAAUUACAAGUGGAAAUCCACAAGGAUUCUUUUCAAUACAUCCUAAAACAGGUCUUAUCACAACUACAUCAAGGAGACUAGACCGAGAGCAGCAAGAUGAACACAUAUUAGAAGUUACUGUGACAGACAAUGGCACUCCUCCCAAAUCAACCAUCGCAAGAGUGAUUGUGAAAAUCCUUGAUGAAAAUGACAACAAACCCCAGUUCUUGCAGAAGUUCUACAAAAUCAGACUCCCAGAGCGAGAAAAACCAGAACGAGAAAGAAAUGCCAAACGGGAGCCUCUGUAUCGUCUCAUAGCUACAGAUAAAGAUGAGGGUCCCAAUGCAGAAAUCUCCUACAGCAUUGAAGAUGGAAAUGAGCAUGGCAAAUUUUUUAUUGAACCAAAAACUGGAGUGGUUUCAUCCAAAAAGUUCUCUGCAGCUGGAGAAUAUGAUAUUCUUUCAAUCAAGGCAGUUGAUAAUGGUCGCCCUCAAAAGUCAUCAACCACUAGACUGCACAUUGAGUGGAUCUCCAAACCCAAACCAUCUCCAGAGCCAAUUUCAUUUGAAGAAUCAUUUUUUACCUUUACUGUAAUGGAAAGUGAUCCUGUUGCUCACAUGAUUGGAGUAAUAUCUGUUGAGCCUCCUGGCACUCCUCUUUGGUUUGACAUCAUUGGUGGCAACUUUGACAGUCACUUUGAUAUAGACAAGGGCACUGGAACCAUUGUCAUUGCCAAACCUCUUGAUGCAGAGCAGAAAUCAAACUAUAACCUCACAGUUGAGGCUACGGAUGGAACCACUGCUAUCCAUUCUCAGGUUCUCAUCAAAGUAAUAGAUACAAAUGACCAUCGCCCCCAGUUUUCCACUUCAAAAUAUGAGGUUGUUAUUCCUGAAGAUACAGUGCCAGAAACAGAAAUUUUGCAAAUCAGUGCUAUGGAUAAGGAUGAGAAAAACAAACUAAUCUAUACUCUUCAGAGUAGUAUAGACCCAUUGAGUCUCAAGAAAUUUCGUCUUGAUCCUGCCUCCGGCUCUCUCUCUACUUCCGAAAAGCUUGAUCAUGAAGCUGUUCACCAGCAUGUUCUCACAGUCAUGGUACGGGAUCAGGAUGUCCCUGUGAAACGCAACUUUGCAAGGAUUAUUGUGAAUGUCAGUGACACGAAUGACCAUGCCCCAUGGUUCACCAGCUCCUCCUAUGAAGGGCGGGUCUAUGAGUCAGCAGCUGCUGGCUCAGUUGUGUUGCAGGUUACAGCUCUGGACAAAGACAAGGGGAAAAAUGCUGAAGUGCUGUACUCAAUUGAAUCAGGAAAUAUUGGAAAUUCUUUUACAAUUGAUCCCAUCUUGGGCUCUAUAAAAACUGCCAAAGAAUUGGAUCGAAGUAACCAAGAAGAAUAUGAUUUAAUGGUAAAAGCUACAGAUAAAGGCAAUCCACCAAUGAGUGAAAUGACUUCUGUACAUAUCUUUGUCACAGUUGCUGACAAUGCCUCUCCUAAGUUUACAUCAAAAGAAUAUUCCAUUGAAAUUAGUGAAACCAUCAGCAUUGGGAGUUUUGUUGGAAUAGUUACAGCCUAUAGUCAGUCAUCGGUGAUAUAUGAAAUAAAAGAUGGAAAUAUAGGGGAUGUUUUUGAUAUUAAUCCACAUUCUGGAAGCAUCAUCACUCAAAAAGCCCUGGAUUUUGAAACUUUGCCCAUUUAUACAUUGACAAUACAAGGAACCAACAUGGCUGGUUUGUCCACUAAUACAACUGUUCUAGUGCAUCUACAGGAUGAGAAUGACAACAUACCAGUUUUUAUUCAGGCAGAAUAUUCAGGACUCAUUAGUGAAUCAGCUUCAAUUAAUAGCGUGGUCCUGACAGACAGGAAUGUCCCACUAGUGAUUCGGGCAACUGAUGCUGAUAAAGAAUCAAAUGCUUUGCUUGUUUAUCACAUUGUUGAACCAUCUGUGCACAAAUAUUUUGCUAUUGAUUCUACUACUGGUGCUAUUCAUACAGUGCUAAGUUUGGACUAUGAAGAAACAAGUGUUUUUCACUUUACUGUACAAGUGCAUGACAUGGGGACACCACGUUUAUUUGCUGAAUAUGCAGCUAAUGUGACUAUACACGUAAUUGACAUUAAUGAUUGCCCUCCUGUGUUCUCCAAAUCAUUAUAUGAAGCAUUGCUUUUGUUGCCAACAUACAGAGGAGUAAAAAUCAUCACAGUAAAUGCUACAGAUGCGGAUUCCAGUGCAUUUUCACAGUUGAUAUACUCCAUCACUGAAGGUAACAUUGGGGAGAAGUUUUUUAUGGACUACAAAACUGGCACUAUAACCAUACAAAAUACAACUCAGUUAAGAAGCCGCUAUGAGUUAACCAUUCGAGCUUCUGAUGGCAGAUUUGCCAGCUUCACCUCUGUGAAAAUUAACGUGAAAGAAAGCAAGGAGAGUCAACUAAAGUUUACCCAAGAUUUCUACUCUGCAGUAGUGAAAGAGAAUUCCACUGAAGCCAAAACAUUAGCUGUCAUUACUGCUAUCGGGAAUCCAAUCAAUGAGCCUUUAUUCUAUCACAUCCUCAACCCAGAUCGCAGAUUUAAAAUCAGCUGCACUUCAGGAGUGCUGUCAACCACUGGUAUACCAUUUGAUCGUGAACAGCAGGAGGCAUUUGAUGUGGUGGUAGAAGUGACAGAAGAACAUAAGCCUUCGGCAGUGGCCCAUGUUGUUGUGAAAGUAACUGUAGAAGACCAAAAUGAUAAUGCCCCAGUGUUCAUCAACCUUCCCUACUAUGCUGUCGUUAAAGUGGAUACCGAGGUGGGCCAUGUUAUUCGCUAUGUUACUGCUGUGGACAGAGAUAGUGGCAGAAACGGGGAAGUACACUAUUACCUUAAAGAACAUCAUGACCACUUCCAAAUUGGACCGUCGGGUGAAAUUUCACUGAAAAAGCAAUUUGAACUUGACACUUUAAAUAAAGAGUAUCUUGUUACAGUGGUUGCAAAAGAUGGAGGAAACCCAGCUUUCUCAGCUGAAGUCAUAGUUCCAAUCACUGUUAUGAAUAAAGCCAUGCCUGUGUUUGAAAAACCUUUCUAUAGUGCAGAGAUUCCAGAGAAUAUCCAGAUGCACAGCCCGGUUGUCCACGUACAAGCCAACAGUCCAGAAGGAUUGAAAGUGUUCUACAGCAUCACAGAUGGAGAUCCUUUCAGCCAGUUUACUAUUAACUUUAAUACUGGAGUUAUAAAUGUCAUAGCUCCUCUGGAUUUUGAGUCCCACCCAGCAUAUAAACUGAGCAUACGAGCAACUGAUUCUUUGACUGGUGCUCAUGCUGAAGUGUUUGUUGAUAUAAUAGUGGAAGACAUCAAUGAUAACCCUCCUGUGUUUGUUCAGCAAUCUUACAGUGCAACCCUAUCUGAGGCAUCUGUAAUUGGAACGUCUGUGGUUAAAGUCAGGGCAACAGAUUCUGAUUCAGAACCAAAUAGAGGAAUUUCAUACCAGAUGUUUGGAAAUCAUAGCAAGAGUCAUGAUCAUUUUCAUAUAGAUGGCAGCACUGGUCUCAUUUCACUGCUUAGAACAUUGGAUUAUGAACAGUUCCAGCAACACAAGAUUUUUGUAAGAGCUAUUGAUGGUGGCAUGCCCCCACUUAGCAGUGAUGUGAUUGUCACAGUAGAUGUCACUGAUCUCAAUGAUAAUCCACCUCUCUUUGACCAACAAAUAUAUGAAGCCAAAAUUAGUGAGCAUGCCACUCAUGGACAUUUUGUGAUGUGUGUAAAAGCCUAUGAUGCAGACAGUUCAGAUAUAGACAGGUUGGAAUAUUCCAUUCUGUCUGGAAAUGAUCAUAAAAAUUUUGUCAUUAACAGUGAAACAGGGAUUAUCACACUCUCAAACCUGCGCAGGCACAACUUGAAGCCAUUUUACAGUCUUAACAUUUCUGUUUCUGAUGGGGUUUUUAGAAGUUCAGCUCAGGUUCAUGUGACUGUAAUUGGAGGCAAUUUGCACAGUCCUGUUUUUCCUCAGAAUGAGUAUGAAGUGGAACUUGCUGAAAACGCUCCCAUACACACCCUUGUGAUUGAGGUUAAAGCAACUGACAAGGAUUCUGGUAUUUAUGGUCACAUUACUUAUAGUAUUGUAAAUGACUUUGCUAGAGACAGAUUUUACACAAAUGAGAUAGGACAAGUAUUUACUUUGGAAAAACUUGACAGAGAGACCCUUGCAGAGAAAGUAAUCUCAGUUCGUUUAAUGGCAAAGGACACUGGAGGAAAGGUUGCUUUCUGUACCAUUAAUGUCAUCCUUACAGAUGACAAUGAUAAUGCACCACAGUUCCGAGCAACCAAGUAUGAAGUGAACAUCGGAUCCAGUGCUGCCAAAGGAACAUCAGUUAUGAAAGUCUUUGCAAGCGAUACUGAUGAGGGGUCCAAUGCUGAUGUCACUUACGCCAUUGAAGCAGAUUCUGACAGUGUUAAGGAGAAUUUGGAAAUUAACAAACUGUCUGGUAUAAUUACUACAAAGGAAAGCUUAAUUGGCUUGGAAAAUGAGUUCUUCACUUUCUUUGUUAGAGCUAUAGAUAAUGGGUCUCCACCAAAAGAAUCUGUUGUUCCUGUCUAUGUUAAAAUACUUCCACCAGAAAGACAGCUUCCAAAAUUUUCAGAACCAUUUUAUACCUAUACGGUUUCAGAAGAUACGCCUAUUGGAACAGAGAUAGAUCUCAUUAGAGCCGAACAUAGUGGGACUGUUCUUUACAGUAUGAUCAAAGGGAAUACUCCUGAAAGUAAUAGAGAUGAGUUCUUUGUUAUUGACAGACAGAGUGGAAGAGUAAAGCUAGAGAAGAGUCUUGAUCAUGAGACAACUAAGUGGUAUCAGUUUUCCAUACUUGCCAGGUGCACUCAUGAUGAGUAUGAGGUAGUAGCUUCUGUAGAUGUUAGUAUCCAAGUGAAAGAUGCAAAUGAUAACACCCCUGUCUUUGAAUCCAAUCCAUAUGAAGCAUUUAUUGUUGAAAAUCUACCAGGGGGAAGUAGAGUCAUCCAAGUCAGGGCAUCAGACCUAGAUUCAGGAAUGAAUGGCCAUGUUAUGUAUAGUCUAGAUCAGUCACAAAGUGUGGACAUCAUCGAAUCUUUUGCCAUUAAUAUGGAAACAGGCUGGAUUACAACUCUAAAGGAACUUGACCACGAAGAGCGAGACAUUUACCAGAUUAAAGUGGUUGCAUCAGAUCAUGGUGAAAAGGUUCAGCUCUCCUCCACAGCCAUCGUGGCUGUUACUGUCGCUGAUGUUAAUGAUAGUCCACCACGGUUCACUGCAGAGAUUUAUAAAGGGACGGUGAGUGAAGAUGAUCCACCAGGUGGUGUAAUUGCCAUCUUAAGUACCACAGACGCUGAUUCUGAAGAGAUUAACAAACAAGUCACAUACUUCAUCACAGGAGGAGACACUUUAGGACAGUUUGCUGUUGAAAAUAUUCAGAAUGAAUGGAAGGUCUAUGUGAAGAAACCUCUAGACAGGGAAAAAAAAGACAGUUAUCUUCUGACUAUCACAGCAACUGAUGGGACCUUCUCAUCAAAAGCUAUAGUUGAGGUGAAAGUUCUUGAUGCAAAUGACAACAGUCCAGUUUGUGAAAAGACUCUGUAUUCAGAUACCAUUCCUGAAGACGCCCUUCCUGGGAAACUGAUUGUACAGGUCUCUGCUACAGAUGCAGACAUCCGUUCCAAUGCUGAAAUCACUUAUACAUUAUUUGGUUCAGGUGCAGAAAAGUUCAAAGUAAAUCCAGACACAGGUGAACUGAAAACAUUAGCCCCCCUUGAUCGUGAGGAGCAAGCAGUUUAUAAUCUUCUGGUCAGGGCCACAGAUGGAGGUGGAAGAUUCUGUCAAGCUAAUAUUGUGCUCCCAUUAGAAGAUGUUAACGAUAAUGCCCCUCAAUUCACUGCUGAUCCUUACACCGUGACCGUGUUUGAGAACACAGAGCCUGGGACACUGCUGACCCGAGUGCAAGCCACCGAUGCUGACACAGGAUUGAAUCGAAAAAUUUCCUACUCACUGAUUGACUCUGCUAAUGGGCAGUUCUCCAUUAAUGAAAUAUCCGGAAUUAUUCAGUUAGAAAAGCCUUUGGAUAGAGAACUACAGGCAGUCUAUACCCUUGUUUUGAAAGCUGUAGACCAAGGUUUGCCAAGGAAGUUGUCGGCCACUGGCACUGUGGUUGUGUCAGUUUUGGAUAUAAAUGACAACCCACCUGUAUUUGAAUAUCGUGAAUAUGGUGCCACAGUGUCUGAGGACAUUCUCAUUGGAACUGAAGUUCUUCAAGUAUAUGCAGCAAGUCGGGAUAUCGAAGCAAAUGCCGAAAUCACCUACUCAAUAAUAAAUGGAAAUGAACAUGGAAAAUUCAGCAUAGAUUCUAAAACAGGGGCCAUUUUUAUCAUUGAGAAUCUGGAUUAUGAGAGCGCCCAUGAAUAUUACCUGACCGUGGAAGCCACCGAUGGAGGCACGCCUUCAUUAAGCGACGUGGCCACUGCGAACAUUAAUGUAACAGAUAUCAAUGACAACACCCCGUCCUUCAGCCAAGACACCUACAUGGCAGUAAUCAGUGAAGAUGCUGUUCUUGAACAGUCCGUCAUUACGGUUUUGGCUGAUGAUGCUGAUGGUCCUUCAAACAGCCUCAUCCACUACUCAAUUAUAGAAGGCAAUCAAGGAAGUCCAUUUACCAUCGAUCCUGUCAAGGGAGAAGUGAAAGUGACUAAACUUCUGGACCGGGAAACAAUUUCAGGUUACACACUCACAAUUCAAGCUUCUGAUAAUGGCAGUCCACCCAGAGUCAACACCACAACUGUGAACAUUGAUGUGUCUGAUGUCAAUGACAAUGCCCCAGUCUUCUCCAAGGGUAACUACAGUGUAAUCAUCCAGGAAAACAAGCCAGUGGGUUUCAGUGUCCUGCAGCUUGUCGUGACAGACAAGGAUUCUUCUCACAAUGGUCCACCAUUCUUCUUUUCUAUUGUGAGCGGAAAUGAUGACAGAGCAUUUGAAGUUAACCAGCAGGGUGUCCUCCUGACCUCAGCUACCAUACAGAGGAAAGUGAAGGAGCAUUACCUGCUGCAUGUUAAGGUGGCUGAUAAUGGAAAACCACAGUUGUCAUCUUUGACACACAUUGACAUCAGGGUUAUAGAGGAAAGCAUCCAUCCUCCUGCAAUUUUGCCACUAGAGAUUUUCAUUACUGCUUUUGGAGAGGAAUAUUCUGGCGGUGUCAUUGGGAAAAUCCAUGCAACAGACCAAGACGUAUAUGACACUUUAACUUACAGUCUCGAUCCCGACAUGGACAGCCUUUUCUCUGUUUCCAGCACAGGGGGUAAACUGAUCGCACACAAAAGGCUAGAUAUAGGGCAAUACCUUCUGAAUGUCAGUGUAACAGAUGGCAAGUUUACAACAGUGGCUGACAUCACAGUGCAUAUCAGACAGAUAACACAAGAGAUGUUGAACCACACCAUUGCCAUUCGCUUUGCCAACCUCACUCCAGAAGAAUUUGUUGGUGACUACUGGCGCAACUUCCAGAGGGCUUUACGGAACAUCCUGGGUGUAAGGAGGAACGACAUACAGAUUGUUAGUUUGGAGCCCUCUGAACCUCACCCACAUCUAGAUGUCUUACUUUUUGUGGAGAAAUCAGAUAGUACCCAGGUUUCAACCAAACAACUUCUGCACAAGAUUAACUCCUCUGUGACUGAUAUUGAGGAAAUCAUUGGUGUUAGGAUACUGGCUGUGUUCCAGAAGCUUUGUGCAGGCCUGGAUUGCCCUUGGAAAUUCUGUGAUGAAAAGGUAUCUGUGGAUGAAAAUUUUAUGUCAACGCACAGCACAGCCAGACUGAGUUUUGUGACUCCCCGCCACCAUCGAACAUCAGUGUGUCUCUGCAAAGAGGGGAAAUGCCCACCUAUCCAACAUGGAUGUGAAGAUAGUCCAUGCCCUGCAGGAACUGAAUGUGUUGCUGACCCCAGAGAGGAGAAGUACACCUGUGUCUGUCCCAGUGGCAAGUUCAGUCAGUGCCCAGGGAGUUCAUCUGUAACAUUUACUGGAAAUAGCUUUGUGAAAUACCGUCUAAUGGAAAAUGAGAACAAAUUAGAGAUGAAAUUGACAGUGAGACUCAGAACUUAUUCUACUCAUGCAAUUGUAAUGUAUGCUAGAGGAACUGAUUACAGUAUCUUGGAGAUUCAUAAUGGAAGACUGCAAUACAAAUUUGACUGUGGGAGUGGCCCUGGCAUUGUCUCUGUUCAAAGCAUUCAAGUCAGUGAUGGGCAGUGGCACGUGGUGUCUCUUGAAGUGAAUGGAAACUAUGCUAGAUUGGUUCUAGACCAAGUCCACACUGCAUCAGGCACAGCCCCAGGGACUCUGAAAACCCUAAAUCUGGAUAACUAUGUGUUUUUUGGUGGCCACAUCCGCCAGCAAGGAACAAGGCAUGGAAGAAGCCCCCAAGUUGGUAAUGGUUUCAGGGGUUGUAUGGACUCCAUUUAUUUGAAUGGGCAGGAGCUGCCUUUGAAUAGCAAACCAAGAAGCUAUGCACACAUUGAAGAGUCAGUGGACAUAUCUCCUGGGUGCUUAUUAACGGCUACAGAAGACUGUUCAAGUAACCCUUGUGAGAAUGGAGGCAUCUGCCACCCAUCGCCUACUGGAGGUUAUUACUGCAAGUGUAGUGCCUUGUACAUAGGGACGUACUGUGAGGUGAGCGUCAACCCCUGUUCCUCCAACCCCUGCCUAUAUGGUGGUACAUGUGUUGUAGACAAUGGAGACUUUGUUUGCCAAUGUAGAGGAUUAUACACUGGUCAGAGGUGCCAGCUUAGCCCAUACUGCAAAGAUGAGCCCUGUAAAAAUGGUGGAACAUGUUUUGACAGUUUGGAUGGUGCUGUUUGUCAGUGUGAUUCAGGUUUUAGGGGAGAAAGGUGUCAAAGUGAUGUUGAUGAAUGCGCUGGAAACCCCUGCCAUAAUGGGGCCCCUUGUGAGAAUACACAUGGCUCCUAUCACUGUAACUGCAGCCACGAGUACAGAGGAAAACACUGUGAGGAGGCUGCUCCCAAUCAAUAUGUAUCAACUCCGUGGAAUAUUGGAUUAGCUGAAGGAAUAGGAAUUAUUGUUUUUAUAGCAGGGAUAUUUUUGCUGGUGGUGGUAUUUGUCCUUUGCCGCAAAAUGAUUAGUCGGAAGAAGAAACACCAGGCUGAACCUGAAGACAAACAUUUGGGACCAACCACAGCUUUCUUGCAAAGACCAUAUUUUGAUUCAAAGCUAAAUAAGAACAUUUACUCAGACAUACCACCCCAGGUGCCUGUCCGUCCUAUUUCCUACACUCCAAGCAUUCCUAGUGACUCUAGAAACAAUCUCGACCGAAAUUCCUUUGAAGGGUCUGCUAUACCAGAGCAUCCUGAAUUCAGCACUUUUAACCCCGAGUCCAUGCACGGGCACCGGAAAGCAGUGGCCGUCUGCAGCGUUGCCCCAAACUUGCCUCCCCCACCUCCUUCAAACUCUCCUUCUGACAGUGACUCAAUACAGAAGCCUAGCUGGGACUUCGACUAUGACACUAAAGUGGUGGAUCUUGAUCCCUGUCUUUCCAAGAAACCUCUAGAGGAAAAGCCUUCACAGCCAUACAGUGCCCGGGAGAGCCUGUCUGAAGUGCAGUCCCUUAGCUCCUUCCAGUCUGAAUCGUGUGAUGACAAUGCUUCCAUAGUGACUGUAAUACACCUUGUCAAUGAUGUAGUUGACACAGUGAACAAAGAAGAAUCUUUGGCUGCUCCUGACCUCAGCAAAUCAAGAGGGUACCAUUGGGACACAUCAGAUUGGAUGCCAAGUGUCCCUCUGCCAGACAUACAGGAAUUCCCCAAUUACGAGGUGAUUGACGAGCACACUCCCCUGUACUCAGCAGAUCCAAAUGCCAUUGAUACCGAUUAUUACCCUGGAGGUUAUGAUAUUGAAAGUGAUUUUCCACCACCACCAGAAGACUUUCCUGCACCUGAUGAGCUGCCACCCUUGCCUCCGGAAUUCAGUGAUCAAUUUGAGUCUAUACACUCACCUAGAAACAUGCCUGCUGCAGGUAGCUUGGGGUCUUCAUCCAGAAAUCGGCAGAGGUUCAACUUGAAUCAGUAUCUGCCCAACUUCUAUUCAGUUGAUAUGUCUGAACCUCAAAAAAAAGGCACUGGUGAGAAUAAUACUUGUAGAGAACCUUAUGCCCCUUACCCUCCAGGGUAUCAGAGAAACUUUGACGCUUCCACUGUAGAAAACAUGCCCAUGUCUGUGUACGCUUCCACAGCUUCCUGCUCAGAUGUGUCAGCGUGCUGUGAAGUGGAGUCUGAGGUCAUGAUGAGUGACUAUGAGAGUGGAGACGAUGGCCACUUUGAAGAAGUGACAAUUCCUCCACUGGAUUCCCAGCAACAUACGGAAGUCUGACGCUCAAACUCCCCCCCAAAGUGCCUGGACUUUAAUGGACCUAGAAAUUAUAUCAAUAAUCUGCAUUGUUCUUUGCAGCAGUUCUUAAGCGCUUCUUUUCAGUGAGCUAAAAUGGGCAUGGGUGCACUGAAUCACGCGCCUCUUGAUAUGUUAGCCAUUUCCAGUGUCCUAACCUACUGUAAUUGGUGAGAUUCUCAUUGGCUGUGUCAUUUUUGAACAUCUUUUUGUAUUUACAUUUGUCUGUGUUAAAAUAAUGAAACAAAAAUCAGUCCUACCAUCUUGUUAGCAUGAUUCAUGUAUUUAUAUAGAUUUAUUUUAAUUUUUUGUCUUUUUUUGUAAAUUUAAUGUACAGAUUUGAUUUUUCAUAGUUUUAACUAGAUUUUCAAGAUAUUUUGUGCAUUUGUUUUCAGCUGGAUUUGGAUGGUGUUAGUGUCAUGAUCUAGCACCCUGAUUUUAAUAUAACCAGGGUUUCACUGUAUGUUCUUUUCCACUGAAGUAUGACAUUUCAUUAACACAUUUCGGUAUAAUCGUUUAUUUCUAGCUGUACAUAUAGGAAGAGGAACGAUCUGAUACAUGCACAUGUAUUAAAUGGGUUGCUGUAUUUCAGAAUUAUAAACAUUUUUCAUUAUUGGAAAGUGUAAUGGGGACCUUCUGCAUACCUGUUUAGAACCAAAACCACCAUGACACAGUUUUUAUAGUGUCUGUAUAUUUGUGAUGCAAUGGUCUUGUAAAGGUUUUUACUGAAAACUACCAUUAGCCAAUCUUUCUUACUGACAAUAAAUUAUUAAUAAAAAACUUUAGCUUUGA